AGGGGCCGGAAUGCUCACAGCCCACAGUAUAAAGGCAGCCGCGGUGGCGGUGGCGGAGCAGAGCCCCGCAGUCAGGACUCUGGGACCGGUGGAGGCUCUCGGAACCCUGGCUCUGCAGCUGCGCCAGCACAGCUUCGUGGGAUCCAGGCUUGCAAAGCGACAUUCCUCCUUUCUCUUUGUCUCCCUUGAGUCCUUCUGAGAUGACGGCUCUGGGCACAGCGGGUGCUGCCCGGGUGUUGGUUACCCUAGUAGCUGCGGCUCUUUGCGGUCACCCUCUGUUCAGAGUCAGUGCCACCUUGAACUCGGUUCUCCUCAAUUCCAACGCCAUCAAGAACCUGCCCCCACCGCUGGGCGACGCUGCCGGGCACCCAGGCUUCGCAGUCAGCGCUGCUCCGGGAAUUCUGUUCGAGGGCGGCAACAAGUACCAGACCAUUGACAACUACCAGCCGUACCCGUGCGCCGAGGACGAGAAGUGCAGCACCGAUGAGUACUGCGCGAGUUCCACCCGCGGAGCGGGUGCAGGCGCGCAAAUCUGCCUCUCCUGCAGGAAGCGCCGCAAACGCUGCAUGCGUCACGCUAUGUGCUGCCCUGGGAAUUACUGCAAAAAUGGAAUAUGUAUGCCUUCUGAUCACAAUCAUUUCAAUCGAGGAGAAAUUGAGGAAACCAUUAUUGAAAGCUUUGGUAAUGAUCACAGCACCUUGGAUGGGUACUCCAGAAGAACUACACUGUCUUCAAAAAUGUAUCAUACCAAAGGACAAGAAGGUUCUGUCUGUCUUCGAUCAUCAGACUGUGCUACAGGGUUGUGUUGUGCUAGACAUUUCUGGUCCAAGAUCUGUAAACCUGUUCUCAAAGAAGGUCAAGUGUGCACCAAGCACAGGAGAAAAGGCUCUCACGGGCUGGAGAUAUUCCAGCGUUGUUACUGUGGAGAAGGUCUGUCUUGCCGGAUACAGAAAGAUCACCAUCAAGCCAGUAAUUCUUCUAGGCUUCACACCUGUCAGAGACACUAAGCCAGCUGUCUGAACACAGUGGACUCCAUUUACAUAAUAUAUGCUAUGAAAACUGUUUGUGACUUUUGUGAGCUCAAUCCUUAAGGAUGUACAAAUUCUGUGGUUACAGUUAAGCAUUCCAAUAAUACCUUCC